CCUACAUAAUUAGGGAAAGAAAAUGAAGAAGAUACUUUUUACACAGCUAUCAUUCUAAAUACACUUAUGACUUCACCUCAGCUGGACAACUUAAAUGGUAGUGAUCUUAUAAUGUGUAGACUCUCUCAUUGAAAAAGACAAAGCCACUGAUUUGACUGCGGCCGCAGAGAUCCUAUUCCAAUAUACCCACUUGCCUUAUUUGCCUGUAUACACUGUGUUCAUUGUUUCUUCUUCCGCUUUUUGCUACUUGCUGCUGCUUUUCACUACAACUUGGCCUUUGUUUUCUUCCACAUAUUAGCAUUUAGCCCCUUGAAUUGGCAACGGCGAUGAGCAGAAAAUAAUCAGAAGUAUUAUCCUUGGAAAGAGCACUGUACUAGUGGUGCUGUUUUUUCUUAUUUUUGUAACUCCUGAUUGGAUGUCUUACGCAGCUUCUAGAGUUGUGGGCAAUUAGACCCAUCUAACUUUCUACUUAUGAAUAGCUCAAGCACAAGGGCUGCUAAAGCGGGAUUAUUUAAGUUGAAAGGUUGUUAGUCCGAUCGGUGAUAAUUAUUUGCAGGUUUUCUAAAUCGACCAACAAUAAAGAAAAUCUGCACAAAUGGUGGACUGCAACUAAGUGGAUCCGAUCAGGUCGAAAUAUGGAGUUGAGGUCAUUAGAGUCAUUAAGCAGAAACAUGUACUUUUCGGCAUCUGAAGAACCCUAAUUCACCUCUGGUAAAACUCUAUGUAAAUUGAUUUUUUACCAUAUUGACGACGAUUCAUCAAAGGCUGGUAGAUAGUCGAUAUACAACUGUUUAUAGUCAUUUUCACUGCCAAUCACUGCGGUUGCAAUAUACUACUACUCAUCCUAUUUGUCAAGGGAAAAAUUGACUUAGGAAGUACAGUAGUAUUUCUUUUAUUCCCACUUGUGCUAGCUAGCUAGUACAGAAUAUUAUUACUACUAGAUGGAUUUUAAUUAUACUUUGGGACUCGGGGGUGGUGAUUCAAAGGAGGCAUCUGACAGUGAUGCUGGUGGAAGCUCCGGUGGCGGCGGAGCAGCCGGGACUUCCAACCGCCGCCCUCGAGGCCGUCCACCUGGAUCCAAAAAUAAGCCCAAGCCUCCAAUUAUUGUUACAAGAGAUACCCCUAAUGCACUCCGAUCUCAUGUGCUUGAAGUUUCCGCGGGUGCAGAUGUAAUGGAAAGUGUGUCCAAUUACGCUAGGCGAAGGGGGAGAGGUGUUUGUAUUCUCAGUGGUAGCGGCACAGUCAAUAACGUCAACAUUCGUCAACCUGCUUCCCCUGCUGGGAGUACUGUAAUUACACUUCACGGCCGUUUUGAGAUACUUUCACUAUCUGGGACUAUUCUUCCUCCGCCCGCACCGCCCGGGUCGAGUGGACUCUCUAUAUUUUUGUCAGGUGGACAAGGCCAAGUUGUUGGAGGAUCUAUCGUUGGGCCUUUGAUGGCAUCAGGUCCUGUUGUAUUGAUGGCUGCUUCCUUUGCUAAUGCGGUGUUUGAACGGCUGCCGUUGGAGGAAGAGGAGGGGGUUGCUGCUGCUACUACACAGGUACUCUUAUAGCAGGUUGUUUGACUUAUUUUUCAGAGGUAAUUAGUUCCAUUUAUUAUGGAUUAUUACUUGUAAUUUUAAAUGAUUUAAUAAUGUAAAAUUCAGGUCCGUAGAAUUUGAAGUCUUAUAUAUAGAUACUAGAUUUAAUUUUGUCUCGUGAAAAUAGUCUCUCUACUCAUCCGAAGCAGGGGUAAGGUCUGCGUACACACUAACUUCCCAGACCCCCCACUUGUGAAAUUUCAAUGGGUUGUUGUUGUUGUAUAUAUAGAUACUAGGUACAUGUUUGGUUUUAUCCAUACGACUUUUAGGAUAUCAUGUGCAUGAAUUUUAUGUUAUUUGAGGUAAGUCAAACCUCUCGAUAACAACUUCAUUACAACCUCAUUUGUUCCGAUAUUUUUUGCAUGUUAUAGUGAAAUGUUGUU